CUGCUGGUCUGGAAAACACGCUUUGAGAACCGCUGGUUUGGUCAGUGGGACGAAUACUCAGGUCCACUAAGGAUGAGGGUAUCACAGGUAGUCAAGAGCAUGUGAUGCCACACGAUAGGAACCUCUUGGUGCCAGCAAGUGGGUAGAAUUUGAGGAUGCACCCCAUCUCCCUGUUGGAGAGCAGAUAAGAAGCGCAGAUCCCAGCCGAGGGCUGGCUGACGGCAGGAACCCUGCCCAACUUUCACAUGAAGGGGCCCAAUCUCUAAGAGAGCUGCCAAGAACUGGGCAGGACUGCAGCCUAAGAGGACCAAUGGGGGACUAAGUCGUAUACCCCCUAGACAUGAGCUGGGCUGCCAUUGACAGACGGGUUCCAGCAGCUGUGCCAGUUCUGCUCCGUGCUGCUGAUGGCUUUGAGAAGUGUUACUUUGAUAUGCUGAUGAGUCACCUGAGGAUCUCAUUGAAAUACAGAUGAUGAUUCAAUUGGUCUGGAAUGGAGCUUGAGAUUUUGCAUUUUUUUGAUGAGCUCCCAGGUGAUGCCGAUACUACCGGUCAAUGAACCAGGCUUGGAAGGGCAGGAGAUUGGAGUACUGACUUAGGAAGGAUUUUGAAGACCUGUCUGAACUUGGCAGGAAUGAGUACUAUGAUUGAUUGGUGAUGUCUGUAUAGCCUCUGGGCCAAAUGUUUACUUUUCUGGUUGAGGUCUAGUCCUCCUCCAACCUGCAUUUUGCAGUUGAGGAAAUGAGGAUUCAAGAGAAUGGACAUGACUUCCAGACGGUCAUGUAACCAGUUAUAAAAUGAGAGGCCCCUCCAGGGGGCCACAGGUGUUUCCAUUACUUCCCAGCUGUUAUGUCCUUCCUUAAGAAGGGCUUUCUGCUCUACUGUGUCCAGAUUGGAGGGAAGAUGUGGCUCAGUGCAGUUUUCCACAUCUACUUUAGUCAUGCCAAACACGUAGCUUUGUUCUUUCUCCAUAAUUAGUAUUAUGCUGAGCGUAUCUCUAAUUAGUGGUUUCAAACAAUAUUACAAGCUCCAGUAACCAAAUGUUGGGGCAUAAUUAUAUGCCAAAGGGACUGUACUUUUUAAUUGAAAUUCUUUAGCUACUUUUUAGAUAUUUGUAGCCUGAGAAGGCUGUUUGGAUACUGAAGUUUAGCAAAGUGAGUCUGAAGUUAUUUGUUGAAGCAAAUGAGAUUCUUUAACCUGGAACAACUACAUUCAAGCUUAUCAAAUAUGGGGUCAUUAGCACUAACAUUUUGAUUGAAGAUCUCCUCAACUGGAAUAACUUAUAUGUUGCUGGACGACUCCAGAAACCGGUGAAAAUCAUAGCAAUGAAUGAGAAUGUUGCUCUUAGGUCAGCCCUCGAUAAAAAUCUGAAGAGUGCUGUGACCACAGCUUUCCUCAUGCUCCCUGAAAGCUUUUCUGAAGAAGACCUCUUUAUAGAGAUCGCCGGACUGUCUUAUUCAGGCGACUUUCGGAUGGUGGUUGGAGAGGAUAAGACAAAAGUGCUGAAUAUUGUGAAGCCCAACAUAGCCCACUUUCGUGAGCUCUAUGGCAACAUACUGCAGGAGAAUCCCCAAGUGGUGUAUAAGAUCCAGCAAGGCAGACUGGAGAUAGAUAAAAGCCCAGAAGGACAAUUCACUCAGCUAAUGACAUUGCCCAAAACCUUACAGCAACAAAUAAAUCAUAUUAUGGACCCUCCUGGAAAAAACAGAGAUGUGGAAGAAACUUUAUUGCAAGUUGCUCAUGAUCCUGACUGUGGAGAAGUGGUGCGACUAGGGCUUUCAGCAAUUGUGAGACCUUCUAGUAUGAAACAGAGCACCAAAGGCAUUUUCACUGCUGGUGUGAAGAAAUCAGUGGUUUAUAGUUCACUAAAGCUACACAAAAUGUGGAAAGGAUGGCUAAGGAAAACAUCCUGAUUUGGCUUGCUUUUAUACGUGUUGUGUGUAGAUUAAUAAAGUGAUCCUUUUUGACAGAACAGUA